AUGAAGUUCUCUAUGAACGCCAAGCUUUCCGUUGCCAUCAUCGGCCACUUUGCCACGCGUGGCGCUGCUCAGCAGCGUGUGAAGCUGACUGAUGGCACCGAGAUGCCUCAGCCCGUCUUGACCACCAUUCUUGGCGAUGCCAUCCACAAGCCCAUCCCGACCAACGGAUCUGGCUUCACCGUUGUUGGCACCGAGAUGUGUCGUGCCAUUACCACCACCACUUGCGAGUGGAUCGAGGUCACCUCGACCAUGACCUCUGAGGUCAUGACCACUCCCAUGGUUACCACCUCUGAGGCCACCACUUCUCAGGUCCAGACCUCGGUGAUCACUGAGGAGACCACCAGCGUGGCCACCCCCACCACCGGUAGCACUUCUGGUGCUUCUUCCAGCGUCAUGACCCCCAGUGUCUCUGCCUCUGGCACCAUCACCCCUAUCCCUUCUUCGGGUGCUGACAAGACCGGCGCUGGCCUCGUCGCCGGCCUGGCUCUGCUUCUUGUCAUCUAA